AGCUUGCAGACCAGGAUCAAGCGAUUUCCCGAAGCUUGAAGGUUGGCCUACUUUUUUUUGUUCAUUGAUUUAUCUGCUGUGAUCCUGCCGGUGUGGUGAUUGUGCUCCCCUGCGAAGAUUGUUGUCUGUUAUUGCAGCCAUGAAGUUCUCGCUCGUUACUUUGGCUCUGGGCCUGGCGUCGCUCGGUACAGCACGCAGAACUGGUGCACAUGUUGGUAAGAAGUUUCCAGAGCUCAAGAGGAAUGUUGCGCCGAGGGCGGCUCCAGCUGCGCCGCAACUCCAAAAGCGUGCAGAGCAUCAAUUCCUGACCAACGCCACCAAGAAAUACGCGGUCAAUGGCAGCGCAAUUCCAGAUGUCGGCUUCGACGUGGGAGAAUCGUACGCUGGUCUCAUGCCUAUCUCAGAUGCCAAAAACGCUUCAGAGCUUUAUUUCUGGUUCUUCCCGUCCACAAAUCCGGCUGCGAAGAAUGAAAUCCUGAUCUGGCUGAACGGAGGCCCUGGCUGCUCUUCUCUCGAAGGAUUUCUGCAAGGUAGCUAGGGAACGGUUCUGAAGUCGAGCUCGAAGCUGAUCAAAUGUUCCAGAGAACGGCCCAUUCUUAUGGCAAUACGGCACCUACAAGCCCGUCCAGAAUGUUUGGGCAUGGACGAAUUUGACAAACAUGGUCUGGGUCGAGCAACCCGUCGGUACUGGCUUUAGUCAAGGCACCCCGACCGCAACCUCCGAAAGCGAUGUCGCCGCCCAAUUCCUGGGAUUCUUCAAGAACUUUGUCGAGACUUUUGCCAUGCAAGGAUACACCGUGUAUAUCGCAGGCGAGUCGUACGCAGGAUACUACGUGCCGUACAUUGCGGAUGCUAUGUUCAACGCCAAUGACAAAGAGUACUACAACAUCAGCUCGAUCAUGAUCUACGACCCCAGCUUGAGCUACGACGUUGUGCAAGAACAACUCCCCUCGGCGGCGUUCGCGAACUACUGGUCCAACCUGCUCGACUUGAACUCCACAUAUAUGGAGCAAUUGAACAAUAUGUCCGAUGUCUGCGGAUACACGUCCUUCUUGGAAGAGAGCCUGGUCUUCCCACCAAAGGGUCCUCUACCGACACCGCCGAACGUCGAUCUCAGUGACGACAGCUGCGACACGUUCGAUUCGUUGUUCUACGCCAUCUCCGAGAUCAACCCGUGUUUUGACAUCUACCAAGUCGCCACGACAUGUCCGUUGCUCUGGGACGUUUUGGGUUUUCCCGGUUCGUUCGACUACGUGCCCGAGGGGGCGUCGAUCUACUUCAACCGGACGGAUGUGCAGAAAGCCAUCCAUGCACCGCUCAUGGAAUGGGCUGAAUGUAGCAAUGGCGUCUUUGUCAAUGGCACGGAUGAUUCGCCGCCGUCGGCAUUGAGCGUCUUGCCCGGUGUCAUCGAGCAGGCCGAUCGCGUCAUCAUCGGCCACGGCAUCUUGGACAUGGUGCUCAUCUACAACGGGACCCUGAUCGCAGUGCAGAACAUGACGUUCAACGGUGCUCAGGGUUUCUCGGUGGCCCCAGCGCAAUGGGACGAGUUCUACGUGCCGUAUCAUGUCCAGUACGAUAAUCAAUUGGGCGAUCUUGCCGGUGCAGGUAAUAUGGGUUCGUACCAUACGGAGAGAGGGUUGACUGUGGUCACGGUCCAGCUUUCGGGACACAUGGUGCCUCAGUAUGCGCCCAGUGCGGCGUACAGGCAGCUCGAGUUCCUGCUGGGUCGGAUUCCGGAUUUGGGGACCGUUGGGCCUUUCACGACGUUGAAGAAUGGGAGUUACUGAAAUGUACUGUCAUAGUGGUUCCGAGAGAGAUGAGCGAUGAUCAUGGAUAUGAAUGGGAGGCCGGGCUGCUUGAUUGUUGAUUGUAUAUAUGGAUUAGUAAUGUUUGAUGAAGAUGAAGCAAGAUGGAAAAGGCAGUCGAGUCAAAAAUUGGACGGUCAUAAACGCUUGACAGAGUGCAUCUGCAAGGAAACGCGUUGUGCCUUCCGCACACGACAGCAUCCCCUUUGCGUCCGCUUUCAGACAUAUCUUUUGCUAUUCGCAGGUUAUUGCCGGUAACUUGUUCAUGGUCGCCUACUGCUCAGCGGUACGCCUGUG